CUCGUCGCUUUCGCUGAGUCCUCCUCGCUUGCGUGAGACGCCUGCAGACCGCAUCUGCACUGGCUGGAGUCGUUGCUCCUGAAUGGGCCCGUUCUUUCCAGGGUAUAAGUACAUGUACUGUAACACAAACUCACAUCAUACCAUGCAUACGCAGACGAGGCUGCUUUCAAAUGGCGAUGCAUACCUCCGUGUGCCUGCCUCUGCCCUUCAUCUGUCCAGGGCUUCAUCUGCACUGAUUCGGUGGGGUUUUGCUGUCCAUCGGCCCUCUCCUCUCCAUGGGCUCUUCCGUGCUACCUCCACUUUUUACCAGAACCCAAGACGCUCACGGCCUGCUGUGUUGACCGACCGAGAUGGCAAACAUGAGCACAUCCAGGCCCUUCGCAGGUGGCUGUUGCUGUCACGGCCGACCCACAAAGGGCCAUGUCGGACUCAGUGACUCUCUCUCUCUCUCUCUGUUUCUGUAUGUGUGUGUUGUCCAGCCGCGAAAUGUCGACAUUGAGAGACACGGCGGACACAGCGGACAAGGAUCCGAUGGAGGACAGCUGCUAUGACCCAAGAGAGGAAGUACUGGCUGAGAUCGAGACACACCAGGAGGCCGAAGCCGUGCCCGACACACCGGAGGACACUGCGCCAGCUGAGCAGCACGAAAGGUCGUGUGUCGGGGAGGACACGAGAGACCUGACACCUGAAGAUAUGGUGGGGGAGGGAGAGCGAUGCACUCACAGUGUGUGCUUGCUUCGUCUGUGUGCUGAUUGAUCGUGGAGUCUUCGUUCAGGUUCGUUGCUUGGACGGUGCUAUAAUCGGCCAGACUGACGCCAAGCGGGCAGUGGCCAACGCAAUACGCAACCGCUGGCGUCGCCAGCGCUUGACCGAUGCAUACAUGCGUGACGAGAUAAUGCCCAGAAACAUCCUUAUGAUCGGUCCAACAGGAUGCGGAAAGACAGAGGUACUCGCCCACGGUCACAGACAGUACAGAGACACCAUUCGCGCUGUGCUCUUCCCAGAUCGCCCGUCGGUUGUCUAAGAUUAUUGACGCCCCAUUCAUCAAAGGGGAGGUAACCAAGUUCACUGAAGUGGGUUUUCACGGCAGAGAUGUGGACUCGAUCAUCAAGUAGGGACAAGCAGCCAGACAAGGAGGCAGCUGGCGUCAUUUGACCGGUGCCGUGUCUGUGUCUCUGUCUGGUUAGGGAUUUGGUGCAACUGGAGGUGAAGAGACAGCAAGCCAAGCUGACCGAAUCAAUCAGACAACAGGCAAGAGAUCCGGCCUUCGCCGCAUGACACGUGCAUCCAUCCGCUCUUGUGCCGUGUGCAGGCGAGCGAGCAAUCAUGUGUCGCGAUUGCCAAUGCAAUCGCGCUCAGAGGGCCGGUAGGAGAGACAGGGACAGGACUUGCAUCGUCAUAUGUUGUCUGCGUGCCUUUGUCCAUCCAUCAGUACCAGAAUGUUGAUGAGGACACCUUGCAGGAUUUUGUCGAUCUAGUCAGACGGGGCGACUGGGACGAUCACGAAGUGACCGUCGAGCUCACCACCAACCCAUGGCUUUCAUCCGGACCCUCACAGCAUCGCACGUCAACCACCGGCGCAGCGCAAGUGGCCACAGCCGACGACAAACCACCCUCAACCACAGCCGCCCGGGGAAAGAGGGGGGCGGCCUCGGGUGACGGGUCGAGUGCGAAGGGAGCCGAGGAAAGAGAAGGCAAGAAGAAGCACUCAAAAGCCGGGAAUGGACAUGAGAAUGAAGCAACAGGUAUGGGAACAAGGACAAAAGGCGUGAGCGCUUCUUUGCUUCAUCCUGGUGUCUGUCCACACAGGCGUCCGCGGGUCUCGGUCUUCCGAGUCUCUUCACACACUGAGAGUCAAGGACGCUAGAGCCAAGUUGACCAAGAUGGAGGUCGAGAGACAGCUCAGCUUGCAACAGGCAAGACAGACAGCUCGAUAUAGGUCAAUAUCAUCCGCAAGGCAUCUGCAUUGCACAUCCAUGGAAUCAGGACACGGUGUGUGAGAAGGCUGUCAAGGCAGUGGAGGAUGAGGGCAUCGUCUUCCUCGAUGAGAUAGACAAGAUCUGCUCCAAAGCGGUGCGCGCGAUGAAUGCCCACCGGGAAGUCUUGUCAUGUUUGCAUCACAUCCUUGCUCGUUUCAGUCUGACUACAAGGGCCCUGACGCAUCUGCCGAGGGCGUGCAGCGCGACUUGUUGCCUCUGCUCGAAGGCACAACCAUCUCAACGCAAUACGGUGAGUGCCUUGUCUACAGGCGUCUCUCUGGGUGCGGAAGAGACACGACCAUGCAUGCGCCUGUAUACCUUUUGUGCUCUUUCAGGCAACGUCAAGACUGACUACAUCCUGUUCAUUGCAGCUGGUAAGGCAGCAAUGCAUGGCGGUUUCCUUUAUGUCCGUUACGGCGUGUCCUGUCUUGUGUCUCACCAGGCGCCUUUUUGAGCGUCAAGCCGUCGGAUCUGCUGGCCGAGAUGCAGGGGAGACUCCCUGUGCGGGUGCAGCUCACUCCCCUCAACCAAGAGGACUUCCAGCGCAUCCUCACUGAGCCAGACGCCAACCUGCUCAAACAGCAACAAGGUGACAGGCGCUGUGAGGCAACACACAUACAAAUACAAAUUCGACAAUGGAUACAAUGCACGCAAUCCAUUGUGUUCGCAGCCUUGCUAGCGACAGAGGGCAUUCAUGUGGAGUUCCAGGAUGGUGCAGUGCACGAGAUCGCCAGAGGUGGGCAGCAACUUAGGCGCAUUCAUGUUCGUAUCCGAUUGAACGAUCACUGCAGUUGCGACGGAGAUGAAUUAUCACGUGGAGAACAUCGGCGCCCGUCGGCUGUACACCAUCAUCGAGAAGCUGAUGGAAGACAUCUCAUACAAGGCGCCAAGCAUGCCCAAGGACAGCAAGUGCGCACCGACAUGGUCACGCAGCUGUGCGUACACGAAUUCAUCUCGUGGGACAUGCGUGUGUGUGUGUCGCAGGCUGAUAGUUGACGCAUGUCGAGUGCGGUCGUCUGUUGUUGACUUUUUGCAGCGGACAGACCUGCAUAAAUACAUUCUCUGACCUGUCAGGCACACAUGCUCGUGCAUGUGGUCCUACCUGUUCUUGUCUCUCUUUUGUACAUGUUGUGUGAUGAGAUUUUGUCCCGGUGUCGGCUAAGGAUUUGACAGUGCAAAAUGCCUCGAACCCCUUCAUCUAAUUCCACGAAAUCCAGCGAGUAAGCGGCAGUCUGAUUGGUUAGCAUUUUGUGUGCACGACCGUCUCAACAAGUGCUCCGAGGUGGCCACCCCAGGACAUAACGUACAGUACCACAACGCGACUGAAACACUGUGUCAGAGUCAGCCACAUGGGUCAUCCGCAGGCCACUCAUCGCCUAGCGGCUGCUGAAGGCUGAAUGAGUGACCUGCAUUGUUCGACAAACCAAUCAACGAAUCAAUCAUUCAUCUCAUCAUUGUAAAGAGGUUCAGAAGUGAAGCAUUCAUUGAGACCGACAGACUCUGCCUGCCGUUGCGCUAUGAGUUAAGGUAUGUCAGAUUCACUAGUACUCAUCCAUUCACUCAUGGUCAUUCUCAGUCUGUGUCCUGAUGCUACUGCGGCUGCUUUAUUCUUGCUUAUCGUCAUAACUGACGUCGAUGUGGUCCCAUCUGCAGUGAUCAAUCGGCUGGCCCAUGAUUGGAAAGCCACGCCACUUAGGAUCGCGAACUCAAGAAUCAGCAUCGCAUACCGAUGGACUGAUAGCGUGUUGUACAGCGAAUUAGCACUCACUGAGUCGGCGUGAGUGCGCCGGACCCCUCGAUAGAAGCCUCGACUGACACAGAGGCCAUCGCUCACCAUCUUCCAUCGGCGAAUCUUGUUGGUAGGCAGCACGUGGAUGACGAGAGAGAUGCCGAGAGAUGCACCUCUGUGCCCUUCUUGUCAGCCGUGUUUGAGUGUAGCCAUGGGAGCGGCAGCUUCGUCGUCAUCUGCCUCUCGCCCUCGGGCAGAGGUGAGUCAAGGCACGGUACACGCAGAUGCAAUCAUCAUGUGCCAUUGUGAAUGAUUCAUUCAUUUGUUCUUCCGUUUGUUUGUUCGUUCCAUUGGUCAGGUGAUGGAACACUUUGCAGGUAGUCGUUAUCGGAAGGGCACGCGUGUUGUGCUGAUGUCGAGCACCAAGAGGGCUCCGACCGAUGACUUCGUGUGGGUCAAGGCCGAGGUGGUCAGUAUCGUCCCACACGUCUUCUACGUGAGGGAGGGCACUCUGCAGGAGGGGAUGGAACUUCACAUGAGGGAGGUCGGCGGCAGGGGUGAGCAGUUUGAGCAAGUGGUGCCUUACCAGACCAACACGACCACAAACUCGACCCCACAGCCACCCAAGGUAGGCAAACACACCUCGUCAGAAAGGUCCCUGGAUGUCCUGCUGAAUCACUGUCGUUAAUGCUUUGGCGCGUUAUGUGUUUGUGUGCAGGUGUGGGAUGUCAGCACGCCGGUACAUAGAGCCAUAUACAACACACGAACGAUGUUAGUUAGCCGCUCUCAUGCCGCCUUGUUUCCCUUGGUCGCUUCUCUGUUCCUGUAGGCCCCUGCAGGCUUUUGUGAUGACCUUCUGCCGUCGCUGUUUAGUUUCUUGACCCCUCGCGAGCUCUCAGGCCUCUUCCCGACCCCUCACAGCACAGGCCCUGAAGCCACCACGAUCCCCCAAAAGUCUCGCCGACAGAAGCAGACAAGCAGCAAACCUGGCUGGCAGGCAGGCAUAUGGAUAACAAGGAAGGCUUUGGAUGCCAAGAGCGAUGCACUCAUCUCUUCUCUUCCUUCCCCUGCGAUGCUCUUGUCAGCCGUAUUUCAUCCAUUGGCGCCUACACCACCACUCACCCACCCCUCUCGUCCAUGGCGUCGUCUGCCGCCCUGCCGUCGACCACCGCCGGUCCGCUCCCUGUGGGCGCCACCUUCGGAUCGAUCACUGGCGGCAUCCGAGGAGGGAGGACGUCUCGCCAUCAGUGGCGCCCGAAGGCCACAGUUGGCGGCUCAAGUCAGGACACCAGCGCCACCGUCACGACCACCACACAGCAGCAACAGCAGCAGCCACAGCCACAGCCACAGCCACAGCCACAGCCACAGCCACAGGCCCAGCAGCAGCAGCAGCAGCAGGGCAGAGGCGGCGGCGGCGCCAAGGGACGGACAAUCACUAUCUGGUCGGCAAAACCGAAGGCUGGAGCGGGCGCACCUGCUGCAGCUGCUGCGGGUAGUAGCGGCUCAUUCUCGGUCGGCAAGGCACCUACAAGGGGAGGUGGAGGCCUGUUCGGUGCUGGUCUAUCGUCGGGCAGCGCGUUCGGCGGCACCGCCACUGCUACAGCGACGGGUGGCGCCGGUGAGUGACAUCAUGGGGCAACACACAUGGAUGGAUGGAUGGAUGGAUCGGUCAAUCGCAUGAUGGCUGCAUGCGUGUGUGGACGAUCAGGUGUGGCGGCCUCAUCUCUCUUCAGUCGAGAGCAGUCGUCGACUGGCGAGAGCAUGUUUGGCGGUGCGACCUUCAAGCAGCAAUCAACGGGUGUUGCCGCACGGCAGCCCGACAUCGACACGGCAUCCCUUCACCAUCGCUGCCUUCACCAGCAGACACACAUCGCCAUCGACGCUUCCACCGAUGAGGACCGCCAAUUCUGGCAGAGCAUGACGCCUAAGGAGGCCUUCCAGCUCGGCAGACGGCUCGUCCACCUGACGGUCCUCACCCUCGUGCAGCCACACAGGGACCAGUCAUGGUGUCUAGACACCAUGAUAAGCGUCGUGGAGGGCCAUGCAGCCGGGCGUGGCGAGGCGUGCGAGAAGGAGGUCCAGCAGCACAUGGCGGAGGGCAGUCUCGAGACCAUCCAAUUCACCACCACCGCCACCAGCACCAGCAGUAUGAUACACCGGCGUCCCUCUCGCCUCCCUCAGCUCACCUCACGCCCGACCCUCCCCUCCCUCAAGAGCGUCAUCGGGGCCGUCAAACAGCACAGUGUACUGGCCUACAGGGGAUGGCGCAUGCCGGCGCUCGAGAGUGUGGAUGAGAGGGGAUGGGAUGAGGUGGCAUGGGAUCCCGACAAGCUCGGCCGAUUCAUCAGCUCGUCUUCAUCGCUGAAAGAACUGGGGGGACGCCGGCGAUGGGAGAAGUGGGCGGCUGUGUUUAAGUGGGUACCCGAGGCACCUCCUGGGCAGCCGGGGCCCCUUAGACAACUGAAGCGCAUCGUAUGGAUCAGCUAUGACCAUCAUCGGGAAUCACUGGGACAGUGCCAGAUAUGGGUGGAGCGGCUUCAGGUAACUAUCAUGGAGAGGGAGUGCGUCUGUGUGCACACGAAUGGUGUCCUUCUCUCCCUGUACUUAGGAUUUGCUCACGUCGCGCGGCUGCCACGAGUUACUGACGCGGCUCGACGUGCAGAUCCCACCAUUUGAGGACCGCCACGACCUUGCCACCCUCCUGACGGUUGACGGCUUCAUCAACAAAUGCUGCGUGUCGCCGAAGGUGCCGCUCAGCGUGGAGGUCCCUGUGCAUCGGGCCGGAUUCAACUUGGCCCUCUUGUAUCGAGACGACUUACCCUCUCGCCCCUCUCCCUUCAUCAAAACGGCCAUCCAGCAGGCGGCACGGCGGGCGAUCAGGGUGGGAUACACCUUCAGCCAGCAUGACCUCACCCACCCCAUCGCCAGCCCCAGUCAGGCGGCCAUCGACAUCGCAAAGAGCAUCACAUUCGACAAGGCGGAUUCUGUGCAGGUCGACACAGCCGAUGACUUCGACCUUCAGCCCGGCGCCCCCUCACUCGCCCCCGCCAUCAUCAACGACCUGCAGCCAUUCCCAAGGGCCAGACAGCUGACUGUCUCUAGCGCUGCGACCAUUACUUCGGUUGGCGCAGAAGAUGCUCAGGGAGGUGGAGACCGUGUAUUUUCUCCCUGGUGUGAGCGGAGCGGACAGACGCGGCGGGCUGGCAGCAUUGAGGAAUGCAUUGGGGGGAGAGGUGAAUGUCGGUGUGGGUGUAUCGGCUGGGUGGGGUGCUGUUUCGGCUGGGUGGGGUGGGGUCAGUCCCACGCAAGGCGGCCCCUUUGACGGGUGGGGAUCGGAGGGCAUGUCGAUUCGCCACAUACGGAUAGACAUGGACGGUAGGAAGGUGCUCGUCGGUUCAUCAUCUCGUGUGUGCAUUCGCCUUUUGUCUGGGUGCCGUCACUCAGUUCCCGGGGUCUGGGAGGAGGAGGAUGCUGCCGCCGACAUCGUCCGCAGCCUGUCGACUCUGCUCAGCGUUGGCGUGCAAGACCUGGAGUGUGUGCGCGUGCGGCUGUCGGUGCCGGUGCUAGUGCCUAGCGCUUUUAGCGCUGCCCUUGGGCGGCUGUUCUUCAACUGCCGGAGAGUGGGCGACUUCGCCAUCGGAGCAUAUGAUGAAGGAGGGGACAAGGUGGUAGAGGCACAUCGUGUUGACCACUGAGAGGGUGAGAGACUCAGACAGACAGACACUGUCUUGGUCUUCACUUUGUCUACGCAUGCACACGCGUUGUGUGUCUGCAUGUGUGUGUCAGGCGGUCCGUCAAGCCACCGUAGUCACAGCUGCCGCAUGACCGGCCACCUGAUUAGAUACAUGUGCAGACAAAUACUCUCUUGAUGCCGGAUGGAUGGAUGUCUGGUUGGGUGGCUGUGUGUGUGUGAAUUCACGUGUGCAUCCAGACCCUGUUUGUGCGUGCAGCCGUCCGU